AUGGUACCGAAAUGCCAAUAUCGACGCGUGAACAUUGAGCACAAGGCUCCGGCGCUCUCAUCACCAGUAUGUUCACUAUACAACGACCCAGCCCCAUUGGGUCUGACGAGCGACAAUAAGAGAUAUGCUCCUAACAAGCGAACCCAUCAUCCCAAAGUCGUCACCGGCUGUGUCACCUGCAAGCGGCGUCAUGUCAAGUGCGACGAGACGAAGCCCCAUUGUCUGAGAUGCAAGCGAGGCGGUCGUCAGUGUGACGGUUAUGUCGCCCGUAGAGUAUGGAUUUUCGAACCCUCGGGAAACAGAUCAUCCGACACCCUGCCUGAAUCUGCGCUCUUCCCUGAGUCGAUAUCGGCGGGAGAAGGCCCAGAUCACGAGCGCUGGGCUUUUCAGUACUUCUGUGAAGUGACCACGCCCGCCAUGGCGGCAUGGACGUUCGCAAGCAGUGCUCGGGACUUUUGGUUCCGUCACGUUCGACAAUGCGUAACAUCGAUCCCGGGGGCUCGUCACCUUGCAGUUGCCCUCGCCGGGAGAUACAAGAGUACAUCGGACUUGACUUCAGACAAGCCCGCCUUUGCAUCCGGACAGUAUCUGCAAGCGUUGUCCUGGCUCAAUCGAGAAAGGGACGUGAUUGGUGUGGACACGGUGCUCCUGUGUUGUGUCUUGAUUGCUGUUUAUGAGCAUUUGGAUCCACAUCUCAGGCGUCAUGCGGGCUUGUCACAUCUCGCUGCGGCAUUUCGCAUCAUGAAUGACCCUCAUACCAAGUGGAGUUUGGCCACCAGAGCGAUCUACUCCAUCGCUUUGCAGGUGGAAACGGUGGUGUCCAUUUUCAGAAAUCCCAUCUUUCUUCCUGAUGCGGAGCCCGCCAUUUCCUUGGACGAGAAUAUACCACAUCUCCCGGACAGCUUCCACGACAAGGUCCAGAUGCAACAGAAGUUCUUUGAAAUCUUCCGCUGGCGGUUCUCAUACGCACUCUGCCACAGGGAAUGGACCGGUCGCUGUUCGGGUUUCCACCAGCUCCAUACUUUGUUGCGCACAUGGUACGGGCUGGUGCGCAACUAUAUCAGAGGGAUUAAUGGCCAGAAACCGACAAGUGAGGAGCUCCGGCUCGCCAAGAUCAUGUCCGUGCAGUUUCGGAUGCUAUAUGCUGCUCUCUGGUACUCGAUCAGUGACGAAACCACGCAGUAUCAACAUCCUGGUCAUGCCAACAUGGUUGACUUGUCAAGUAUUGACAAGGUCACGGUUUUUGUUCCCGUUAAGGUUGACCCCCAGUACGACUGUCGGGAUUUACAAUUAGAGUCUGGUACCCGUCACACUCCAGUCGGGAUCUGGCCUGAUAUUGAAAUGGUUAUCUCACCAGGCCAAUCUCGUUACGUGCAGUUCACAUCGUAUGCUGCUGGGUGUGGCCCCGGCGAGGAUGUGCAUGGAUAA